AUGGUUCUAGGUGCCAAUCCCCCAUUUGCAGUGUUUGAGGGCUUCAUUAAGAGAAUGUGGGGUAAACUAGGUAUUGAGAGGAUUGCGAGAUUAAAUGCUGGGUAUACACUUGUUAAAUUCAGAGAUGAAGUUACCCGAGAUUUGGUGUUGGAAGCUGGUGUUAUACAUUUCGAUAGGAAGCCAAUCAUUGUGAGACCGUGGACCAUCGAUUUAGCUGAUAUGAGGUUAGUAAAAUCUGUUCCUAUUUGGGUGAGGUUGCCUGGUUUGGGGCUACAAUACUGGGGUACUAAAUGUUUGAGUGCUUUGAUGAUUACUAUUGGGAAACCAAUACUUGUAGAUAAAGUAACAAAAGAUCGAUCCAUGAUGCAAUUUGCUAGGGUGUUAGUGGAGAUUGAAAUAUCAGAUGAGAUUCCUAAGUCCAUUAAAUUUUUGAAUGAAAGAGGUCAAUUAAUGGAGCAAUUUGUGGAAUUUGAAUGGCUGCCAACUCAGUGUAAGCAUUGCAGAGUUUAUGGUCAUACUGAGGCUUUGUGUAACAGGAAAAAGGGUGAGGUUUGGAGACCGAAAGAAAGGAAACCUGAAGGAGAAAAUAAGGAAAAUUCUUCUGAGCCGACUAAUGUAGCAAUUACUACAGGGUUAGCUGCUGAGGUAAUAUCCAAGGACAAACAGAAAGAGGUUACUAAGGAAAGAACUGACUGUCCUUUGAAAACAAGUUCUUCUGAUGCAGACAUUGGUCAAGUUUCCAAAAACUUUCAGGUAGAUGUGGGCAAGGAGAGAUGUGACACUAAUGAAUCUCAAGAGGCGGAUUGGAUCACUCCUAAAAGAAUGGGUGGUGUAAAGAACUUAGCUACUAAUGCUCUGAAUAAGUUGAGGAACACAUAUAGUGUUUUGCAAGAUAAGAAAAUGGAGGUUGCAAAUUUGGCUUUCACUAUAGAAAAGAGUCUAAAUAAAAUUGGUAUAGGUGCUUUUCUUGAGACCAAGUUACGUGGUAAUAAACUGGAGGAGAUGAUUGUUAGACAAUUUGAUGGCUGGAAGUUUUAUAAAGGGACUGCUAAUGAAGGUAGAAUUUUGAUGGUUUGGCAGAUUAGUGUUUUGUCAGUGGAAAUCGUACAAGACAGUGACCAAUUUAUACAUGCUUAUGUUAAAGAGUUAAGUUCGGGAGACUUUAAUUCAGUGUUUGAGUUUGAUGAUAGGCUAGGAGGGCGUGCUGUUUCUGCUGCAGAAAUGGCAGAUGCUCAGAGAUGGAAAUCUAUGGGGUUGGUGGAUGAACUUCGAUCUAUUGCAAUUUCAACUGUGAACUCUGGUUUUAAACCUUUCCAGUUCUUCAAUAUGUGGACUGAAUAUGAAGGGUUCAAAGAUGCAGUUAUGCAAAGCUGGAACAAGUCAAUAAAUGCUCAUGGUUCAGAAGGAAUUAUGAGGAAGUUGAGGAGACUAACACAUGUCCUUCGACAAUUUAAUAAAAGGGAGAUUGGUGAUGUUGAGCACAAGUUUAAUCUUGCAAAAGAGACUUACAAUUCUACCCAAUACCAGCUUCAGCAUGACCCUCAUUCAGCUGAGUUUCAAACUGAGGAACGGGCUUCUUUUGAAAAUUUGGUUCAGCAAGCCAGAUACUAUGAUAGUUAUCUUAGGCAGAGGAGCAAAGUCAACUGGCUUAGGUUUGGGGAUGAUAAUACAGCCUAUUUUCAUGCUUGUUUGAAGCAGAGGAAGGCUUCAAAUCGAAUAGCUUCGUUUAUUAAUGAUGCUGGGCAGAUUAAUGAGAAGUUUGAGGAUGUAAUGGCUCACUUCUUAAAUCAUUUUUGGAGUAUCAUGGGUAAUCAAAGUAAGGCUUUUGUUCCUAUUCAAAAGGAGUAUUUUAUUCAUGGAGGCAUCUUAUCCUUAGAUCAACAACUGGAAUUAAUAAAUCCAUUCACCAAGAAGGAUGUUAAAAAUGCUAUGUUCAGUAUUAGUUCGAUUAAGAGCUUGGGUCCAGAUGGAUAUGGUUCGGGUUUUUUCAAAGUAAUGUGGGAUGCGAUAGGAGAUGAGAUUUCAGAUGCUAUUUUGGGUUUCUUUAAUCAUGGAUCGCUGCCUAAUGCUCUCAAUAAUGCAACUCUCUCUCUUUGA